AUGCACGGGUACGUACCUCCUAGUCAGCGGUUGUUUCAUACCAGGCACAGAAUAACAAGAGAUGAUUUAAAAGAAGAGCCCUUAAAUGCAGGGGUCACGGAUUGGACGACGAUCCUGGACACCACGAUAGAUAAGGAUACUAACCUGAUCAGUUAUGCAGUGCCCAUAAUAAAUAACUUUGCCAUUCCUCGAGCACAUUCGCAGGGGCAACCUGCGACUUCCACACCAAAUAACAAAUCAACGGUGUAUUCCUCUACGUCUUCCUCUGCGUCCUCGGUAUUCUCCGAUGGUUUGUUUACUCCGAACAUCAAUAGGAACUCUUCAGGAUCAUCUUCCUUAGUGAUCACAUCGCAAAAAAAUCUCAGUGUAGACUCACUGAUCCAGGAAAAUAAAAGAAAAAUCAAUAAUGAAAGGGAAUCGCUAUCAGUUAUUGCGAACAAUAAUAACGAAACGCUGUGCACUCAUACCGAUCCGUCCAUACAGAAUCAGAUUAAGUCACAAACAAAGAGAAAUAUUUUGAAUUUAAAGUUUCAAAAUAGAAAGUUAUUUAGAAGAGAACUGAAAUUGGAAAAAUUUUGGGAUAAUUUAAGAAGUUAUCAUACUUCUGACGAUGACGGUGAUCUGUUACUGGUCAUAAGAAAGCACAACUUGUAUUGGUUUGGAAUACCGAAUGAUUUCCGCCUCCCAAUAUACUGGAGAUGUCUAUAUCAUUAUAGCGAAUUAGGCGAGACUGCUUCUUCAAGUCUGUGCACUAAAAGCCCGUUGUAUAUGGCUAUAAAGAAUUGCUGUAAUAACGACGAGCAGGAAGCUUUAUCCCGGACUAUCUUCAUCAAUUUGACGAAAAAAGUUAGUUGGUUAAACGGUCGUUUCAUUGAUAAUAAAAAGCAUGGGGAUUGUUACACGGUUACCAAAGGUAAAUUCUAUCAGAACUUUCCAAACUUAUAUUACCAUUUGAAGGACAAAUUGAAAGUGGACGUCAUAACGGAUUUCGUCAAACCCGUGAUAAGAAAUUUUAUAGUCAAUUCGCUAAACAAGCACAAGCUGGAUGGGAUUGGUUUAGAACUAUUGGAUAUUUUAAUAGUGACGUCUUACUAUGGACCGGAUAAUAUCAAUGUUUUCUUAAUGGAUGCGUUUAUCUUGAACUUAUUGAAACAAUGUCAUUACAAGUUCUUCGUUAGCAAUAUCUCUGAGCUGGUUAUGCAGGUUUCAAAGAUCGAUUGCGACCUGGUCAUUCUGUUGGAGGAUUUAAGGUCGCAGGUUGACUUGGAUUAA